CCACAAUGUUUUGACAAAUUUCAAGCCUUCACUUCAUUGAAGAGUCGAAUGUGUAAAAUUGUGUUAAAGUGCAUAUGAAAUGCAUAUUUUAAAUAAAAAUAUAAACAAACGUUAACUUAAAUGGAAAGUUAAACGAAAUGAAGUUUCAAAUAAAGUGCUAGACAACAAAUUACACUAGUGAAACAGGCAUAGACAGCCAACACCAGCUGCUUGGUGCAGCAAACAGAGUUUUAAUUUGUUAAUUAUAAAAAGUUAAAGCAUAAAUAAUCUUGUGCCACAAAUAUUCCACCUCUUAACAAAUAACGGAACGUAUACGCCACAAACAAUAAAAUGUCGUCGGGUUUGAAGUGUCGCAAUUGUGGUUCCACCGAUAUAGAGGAAGACAAUGCACGUGGCGAUGCCGUCUGUACCAAUUGCGGUUCGGUGUUGGAAGAUUCCUUGAUUGUGUCCGAAAUACAAUUCGAAGAAAUUGGCCAUGGUGCGGCGGCUAUUGGUCAAUUCGUGUCCGCUGAAUCAAAUGGUGGUGCAACCAAUUAUGGUUAUGGAAAAUUUCAAGUCGGCUCCGGCACGGAAUCACGCGAAGUUACUAUUAAAAAAGCUAAAAAGGAAAUUACACAUUUGUGUCAGCAACUGCAAUUGACACAGCAUUAUAUUGAUACGGCAUUGAAUUUCUUUAAGAUGGCAUUGGCACGCCACUUGACGCGUGGCCGCAAGAGUACGCACAUUUAUGCCGCUUGUGUGUACAUCACUUGCCGCACAGAGGGCACAUCGCAUUUGCUGAUCGACAUCAGUGAUGUGCAACAAAUUUGCUCUUACGAAUUGGGUCGUACUUACCUGAAACUAUCAAAUGCCUUAUGCAUCAACAUUCCAUCUGUCGAUCCCUGCUUGUAUAUCAUGCGUUUCGCCAAUAAAUUGCAAUUCGGCGCCAAAACCCACGAGGUAUCCAUGACAGCGCUACGCAUUGUCCAACGCAUGAAGAAGGAUUCAUUGCACUCGGGUCGCCGACCGACCGGUUUAUGUGGUGCAGCUCUGCUGAUUGCCGCACGCAUGCAUGAGUUCAGCCGCACGAUCCUCGAUAUUGUGGGCAUUGUGAAAAUACACGAGUCCACAGUGCGCAAACGUUUAAUUGAAUUCGCAGACACACCCUCGAGCGCACUCACCUUGGACGAGUUCAUGUCUGUCGAUCUGGAAGCGGAACAAGAUCCGCCCGCUUUUAAGGCGGCACGGAAAAAAGAUCGCGAUCGUAUCAAAGAUAUUGGCGAGCAUGAGCUAUCCAAAUUGCAAAAGGAAAUCGACAUACAUCUCGAAAAGGAUCUGAAACGCAUACAAAAGAACACAAUCAAACGUUUGACUGGUGGAAUUGGCGAUAUAGGCACCGACACCAAUUUUGAAGAUGUAGAAUCGGCAAAUUUCAUUGAAGAAUCCAAUAUGGAGGCCAUUAAAGAAUGUCUUGCCGACACACCCGAUGUUAUGGUGCCACAGAAAACAGAGAAAAUCGUUUUAAGCGGUCUGAAACCGGACAUCGAAUCUAUGUGUCGGCCAGCACCGAGUGAACUGUUGGAAGUGGAGAAGGCUAAAGAGAAUGAUAUCAAGGAGGAUUUAGAUCUGGAAGGUCUAGACGAUGAGGAAAUUAACAAUUACAUACUCACUCAUGAAGAGGCGGAAUACAAAAACAACAUGUGGAAUGCAUUAAACGCCGAGUAUUUGAAGGAAAUGCGCGAAAAGGAAGAGCGUCUAGCCAAGGAACGUGAAGAGGGUAAGCCGGAGAAGAAAAAGCGACGGCCACGUCGUAAAGCAAUCGGUCCCUCAACCAGCGCUGGUGAGGCUAUUGAGAAAAUGCUGCAAGAAAAGAAGAUCUCAAGCAAAAUCAAUUAUGAUAUUUUGCGUACGCUGACGGAAGGUAGCGUCGCUGGUGUCAGCAGUGUGACAGCCACUGAUGUCACGGCAGCUGAGGUUUUAGAUGUGAAAGAUGUGCCAAUAAUUGAAACGGGUCCAAUCAAGAUGAAGAAUAGUCGCGCCAAACCGGCAUACACAAUUGGUGGACCGGCAGCCAAAGUGCCUAAAUUGGAAGUGGGCUUGCCCGUGGCAGAGGCGACACCCACGAAACAGGAGCCGGUGGUUGUCGAGAAUGAUGACUUGGAUGAAUUUGUCGACGAUGCAGAUGCAGACGCCGAUGCCGAGGUGGAGCCCGAACCGGAACGUGAAUACUCUUCUUUGAAGGAUAUGCUGAACGAUGGUGAAGAGGACGAUUACUAUGGCUAUGAUGAGGAUAACUAUUGACUGCCAUUUGCAUGUAUUUUCUUACUACUACAAGGCUAUGGAGUUAUAUUAUUACACAAAAGAA